GGGGAUGAAAAUUUGGGAGUUGAACACAUGUGGGCAAAACUAAGAGGAGGGUUUAACCAGAAGCUUUUCAACUUGCACAAAACCCUCUCGCGCCCUCUCAUGGCUACCUCCAACCUCAUUAGGGUUUCCUCCCCGGCUUACUCCACUGGCUCCCCAAACCACGCCCCACCUAGGCGCGUUGGUACCCAUAACGGUAGCUUUCACUGCGACGAGGCCCUUGGCUGCUUCAUGAUUCGUCUCACUGACAAGUUUUCCAACUCCGAGAUUGUCCGUACCCGAGACCCCAAGGAAUUGGAGGGGCUUGAUGCUGUGCUUGAUGUGGGAGGCGUGUAUGAUCCUAGUCAUGAUCGGUAUGAUCAUCACCAGAAAGGAUUUGAGGAGGUUUUCGGACAUGGAUUUAAUACAAAGCUCAGCAGUGCCGGACUUGUUUACAAGCAUUUUGGCAAGGAGAUAAUAGCUAAAGAGCUCCAGCUUGGUGAAGACCACCCAGAUGUGCAUAGAUUAUUUCUGGCCAUUUAUAAAAGCUUCAUGGAGGCAAUUGAUGCAAUUGACAAUGGAAUCAACCAGUUUGAUACAGACAAGCCACCAAGAUAUGUGAACAAUACGCAUUUAUCCUCUAGGGUUGGAAGAUUAAAUUUAGACUGGACAGAUCCUGAUCAAUCACCUGAGAAGGAGAAUGAGGCUUUCCAACGAGCAAUGGCACUAUCUGGCAGUGAGUUCUUAGAUAGUGUCCGUUUUCAUGCAAAAUCAUGGUUACCAGCAAGGUCAAUUGUGAUGGAGUGCAUUGCAGGGAGAUAUGAUAUAGAACCUAGUGGUGAAAUCAUGGUUUUGAGAAGGUUUUGCCCUUGGAAGCUUCACUUAUUUGAGCUUGAGGAGGAGAUGAAGGUUGAGCCUCCUAUUAAAUAUGUUCUUUAUGAGGAUGAGAGGGGCAACCAGUGGCGAGUUCAGGCAGUUGGCGUAUCGCCUGAUAGAUUUGAGAGCCGGAAGCCCCUCCCAGCUCAGUGGCGAGGUCUGAGGGAUGAUGAACUCUCAAGGGAGGCAGGAAUUCCUGGUUGUGUCUUUGUCCACAUGAGCGGGUUUAUUGGUGGAAAUAAAACUUAUGACGGUGCUCUAGCGAUGGCAAGAACUGCUCUGAAGAUAUAAUCUUGGGAGCUUGAUUUUAUUUCUGUAUCUUUCAUUCAAGAUGUGGUUCUCUUACAUCAUUCUAUAACAGGAUCUGGAUUAGUUACCAAGUAUUUUGUGGCUUAAUUUGUUCAGUGAUCUUUGAUUCAUGUUAUCACAUCAUUUAGUUGAUAUUUACAAACAAGUUAAAA